CGUACAUUGCGCUCUUUUGCAGCUAAUUCGCCUAUAUCCAAAAAAAAGAGCACUCCAAAUGGUGCACCAGCGACUUAUAUCUGUGAAGAGAUGUCUUAGUUGGCCGCCAUUAAUGCUGCGUUGACAGCCUAAGGUCUUCUCAAAAAUGAAAGCCAUCAUUUUUCCCAAAACAAAAAAAAAAGAGUUCUUAGAAGAGAGGGUUCUGUCAUAGCUACUGUCAAGGAAAUCAAUUACUAUACUCAGAUUAUUGAAGUUGGGUUAUCAUUUGUAAAUCAAUGAUCCCAAGAUUCAAUCUGUUUUCCCCUGCAUAUCUGUUUAUUAUCAUCCAAGUCUUGGGCACAUCAGCUUUGACAAAUUCAGAUCAUUAUGUAGCUAUAAAGUCCCUCAAAGAAGGGUGGGAGAACGUCCCGCCGAAUUGGGAGGGGGCAGACCCUUGUGGUGACCAUUGGGAUGGCAUUGGUUGCAUAGGUUCCAAUGUUGUUUCAUUAACAUUAACAAGUAUGAAUCUGAGUGGUCAGCUGUCUGGAGACAUUGGGGGCCUAUCAGAGUUGCAGACUUUGGAUCUGUCAUACAAUGCAGGUCUGACAGGAUCACUUCCUCAAGAAAUUGGAAACCUAAAAGAACUGUCUAAUCUCAUCCUUGUUGGCUGUGGGUUUGCUGGGCAAAUUCCUGAGACAAUAGGAUCUUUGAGCAAGCUGAAAUAUCUGUCAUUGAAUUCAAACAAGUUUAUUGGAUCGAUACCACCUUCAUUGGGUAAACUGUCGGAACUCUAUUGGCUGGAUUUGGCCGAUAAUAAGCUUACAGGACAUAUACCAGUCUCUAGGGGAAGCACACCUGGUCUUGAUAUGCUUGUAGAAACAAAACACUUUCAUUUUGGUAAGAACCAAUUGUCCGGUCCAAUCCCUGCUCAGCUCUUCAGCUCAAGUAUGAAACUGAUACAUUUGUUGCUGGAGCGAAAUCAGUUUGCAGGAAGCAUCCCAGACACAUUAGGGCAUGUUCAGUCUUUGGAGGUUGUUCGUCUCGACAGGAACUCAUUGAGUGGUUCAGUCCCAGCAAACCUUAAAAACCUCACAUCCAUUAUUGAUCUGUACUUGUCAAACAAUAAUUUGAUUGGUCCAUUACCCAACCUCAAUGGCAUGAGUUCGCUCAACUAUAUAGACCUGAGCAAUAACACAUUUGAUUCAACAGACUUCUCUUCAUGGUUCUCUACUAUGACAUCUCUCACAACACUAGUAAUGGAAAACACAAGACUGCAAGGACCUAUUCCAGCUUCACUUUUCAGCCUUGACCAGUUGCAGAAUGUCUACUUGAGGAACAACAAACUUAAUGGCACACUCACUAUCAGCUCCCAUUACAGCAGCCAAUUGCAGCUAAUUGAUUUGGGGGGUAAUUUUAUAGAUUCAUUUACACAGAGACCAGGGUAUAAGUUUCAGAUUAGCCUCAUUGACAAUCCAAUAUGUCAGGAAGAAGACCUUGGAAGUUAUUGUUCCAUUCCACAAAAGUCUAAUUCCUCUUAUACAACUCCAGCAAAUUGCUCACCUACACAGUGUGACUCUGAACAAAUAUCAAGUCCUACUUGUGCAUGUGCUUAUCCAUACACCGGCAAUCUAACUUUUAGAGCUCCUUCCUUUUCCGGCUUGGUAAACAGUAGGUUUCUUAGCCUUCAAGAGUCUAUGAUGCACUCGUUCCAAUCUCAUCAGCUCCCAGUGGGUUCAGUGUCAUUGAGCAAUCCAAAAAAAGAUUUGGAUGACUAUCUGGUUUUGCACCUGCAAAUUUUCCCAAAUGGCCAAAACCACUUCAACAGGACAGGGGUUUCUGAAAUUGGAUUUGUUCUCAGCAAUCAAACUUUCAAGCCACCUAAAUCAUUUGGACCGUUUGUCUUUGCUGCCGAUUCCUAUAGAUUCUUUGAAGGUGAAGAGCCUAUAGGAUCAAGCAAGUCAUCAAAUGCUCAUGAACUCAUCAUUAUAAUAGGAGCAGCAGUUGGUGGUUCUGUACUUGUGAUAUUAUCACUUAUAGUUGGACUUUACGCUUUCUGCCAAAAAAGAAGGGCUCAAGAAGCAGAUAAAAAGAAUGACCCUUUUGCAUCCUGGGAUACAUCCAAAAGUAGUGGUGCUGUCCCCCAGAUAAUGGGAGCAAAGUUUUUCUCAUAUGAGGAGGUUGCAAAAUGCACAAAGAACUUUUCAGAAAUCAAUAAUAUUGGAUCCGGUGGUUAUGGGAAGGUAUACAAAGGAACUCUUCCUAAUGGACAACUGGUUGCCAUCAAAAGAUCUCAGAAAGAAUCUUCGCAAGGCGCUAGAGAGUUCAAAUCUGAGAUAGAGCUUCUCUCAAGGGUUCAUCACAAGAACGUUGUUAAACUCAUUGGGUUUUAUUUCGAUCAUGUGGAACGAAUACUGAUCUAUGAAUUCAUUCCACAUGGCACACUUAAAGAAAGUCUGUCUGGGAAGUCUGGAAUCAGGUUAGAUUGGGCGAGGAGACUUCGGAUAGCCCUUGGAGCAGCCAAAGGGCUGCAGUAUCUGCAUGACCUUGUAAACCCUCCAAUCAUACACCGUGACAUCAAAACCAAUAACAUUCUGCUAGACGAACGCUUGAAUGCUAAAGUUGCUGAUUUUGGUCUCUCCAAGUCUAUGGGAGACCAUGAAGGAGGUUAUGUCACCACUCAAAUCAAAGGAACAAUGGGCUACUUGGAUCCUGAGUAUUACAUGACGAAUCAGCUGACAGAGAAGAGUGAUGUUUACAGCUUUGGAGUGGUAAUGCUAGAGAUUGUAACGGCAAGGCCUCCUUUAGAGAAAGGGAAGUACAUUGUACGUGAAGUGAAGCAAACAUGUGAUCUUCUUGGAGUGCUAGACCCAGCUAUUCGUUCCUGCGUAAAACCUGCAAGUUUGGAAAAGUUUGUUCAUCUUGCCUUUAGGUGUCUGGAAGACACGACAUCUAAAAGGCCAACAAUGGGAGAAGUGGUAAAAGAGAUCGAGAAUAUCAUGCAAAUGGUUGGACUAAACCCUCAUGCUGACUCUGCUUCAACUUCAGAGAGUUAUUCCGGAAUGAGCAAAGGCUCUGAACAUCCUUACAGUGAUGAACAGCUGUCUAUAUACAGUGCUCUGCAUCCCAAUUAAGAUGGCAGCAAUUUGAGUAUUCCACCACUUUAUUUUCCUUUGCUUAAAUUUCUUCCACAGCCUUGUGACAUUUGUGUGCUAAAAUAGGGAUGUAGUAAGAUAUUAUUGUGACAGACUGGCUCUAUGUCCCAUCAUUAUUGGGGAUGGAAUCAAGUGUAUAGUGCAUCAAGCCAUCGACUACAUUUGUGCAAACUGCAACACUUAAAAUGGUACAUGACAGCUAGCAUAGCACAUUUUUUUCACAAAGACCAUCACUAAUACUCCCUCCAUCCCAAUAAAGUUCUCACUCCUUU